AUGUCUCCUAACCCCGCCUUCCAGAGUCCCCUACGAACCCGGCCUGAGGAGUCCCGCCCUCACAGAGGGCGUUGGGAAGCCGGCCGGGCGCCCCGCCGGAGGGCGGUGGCGGCGCGGGGUUUCCGCGUCCGGGUCGCGGCGGUGCCGGGAGGCGGUGCCGGCGCGGCGGGGCUGGGGGACACCAUGGCCUUGCGGUGGUGGUGGCGGAGCGGCGCCUGGUGCCGCCGGGCGCCGCCGCUGGGCUCCGUGCCGAGCCCCGGCCCCCGCGCCCCGCCGGCCCCCAGCGCGGCGAUGUGUCACAUUACCCAAAGAAGUUCAACUUUCUCGUUUCCAAAAAUAUGUAGUGUAUUUUGGCGGUUUCAUCAUACAAGUACAUCCCACUGCUGCAGCUGUAGUAAGACAAUUAGUGAUGAAAAAUACCAAGACCCUUUUCAACUUGGUAGAAAAGACUUGAAGAAUCUCUAUGAAGAUAUUAAAAAGGAAUUGCUGGUCUCUGCAGCAGAACUUAAGGAAAUGUGUGAUUAUUACUUUGAUGGGAAGGGAAAGGCCUUUCGACCAAUGAUUGUGGUGCUAAUGGCUCGGGCUUGCAACAUUCACCAUAAUAAUUCCAAGGAGAUGCAAGCAAGCCAGCGCUCUGUGGCCAUAAUUGCUGAGAUGAUCCAUACAGCCAGUCUAGUUCAUGAUGAUGUUAUUGAUGAUGCAAAUUCUCGCAGAGGAAAAAGGACACUUAAUCAAAUCUGGGGAGAGAGAAAAGCUGUUCUAGCUGGUGACUUCAUCCUCUCUGCUGCUUCUGUAGCUUUAGCACGAAUUGGAAAUACUACUAUCAUCUCUGUUCUAACUCAGGUGAUUGAAGAUCUGGUGCGUGGUGAAUUCCUCCAGCUGGGUUCCAAGGAAAACGAGAAUGAGAGAUUUGCUCACUACCUCGAGAAGACUUUUAAGAAGACGGCGAGUCUGAUAGCAAACAGUUGUAAAGCAGUUUCAAUUCUAAGCUGCCCUGAUCCUAAAGUUCAUGAGAUUGCAUACCAGUAUGGAAAAAAUGUUGGCAUAGCUUUUCAGCUGAUAGAUGAUGUGCUGGAUUUUACAUCAUGUGCUGACCAUCUAGGGAAACCAACAGCAGCAGAUCUUAAGCUUGGAUUAGCCACAGGCCCUGUUUUGUUUGCUUGUCGACAGUUUCCAGAAAUGAAUGCUAUGAUAAUGAGGAGAUUCAGUAAGCCAGGAGAUGUUGAACGUGCACGGAAAUACGUGUUGCAGAGUGAUGGUGUGCAGCAAACUACCUACCUCGCCCAGCGCUACUGCCACGCGGCCACGCGCGAGAUCCGCAAGCUGCGGCCGUCCCCCGAGAGAGAGGCCCUCGUGCACCUGACUGAAAUGGUUCUCAUGCGAGACAAGUGAGAGAACUUCUUCCACUCCUUCUGGCAGCUACUUACCAGACUGUGCCUAAAUUCAUUUCAAAAGUUAUUUGCUUCCAACACAAGCUACCAAAAAUUAUUUUUUUAGAAAAAAUCUCCUUUUUUUUUUUAAGUUCUACUUUUUUUUAAGAAAACAAAAGUUUAAACUGUUUUACUGCAGGAAGCCAUGCAAUUCAGAGCAAAUCAAACUGUGUCGUACAAUUGUUUUAGCGGGGGCUAUUGAUUGUGGGGGAUGGGGAAGAUGUUUACAUGUUGAUGCACAAAGGCCACAAUGAGAAUAAAUAUAAAUCAGUGUAUGAAAACUGA